AUGGUUUUCCUAAAAACUGUAAUUGUUCUCGCGAUUUUGGCUUUUGCUGUCAAAGCUGCUGAAGAAGAAAAAGUGCCUGAUGUUCUAGAAAUUAACUUGAAUACAACGAAAAUAUUUGUCCACUGUUCAGCAACAAAUGUCAGCGUAAAAUACACACCAGAAGCGAAUAUAGCUGGUAAAUUUUAUUUUGAAAACUCUACAGACCCGGUGUGUCAAAAAGAUUUUUCAAAAGGAGCUGAAGAAACAUUAGUGGUGGAUUAUAAAACUUGUGUUCCGGAUGAGAAUAAAAACUUUAGCAUUAUUGUCGAGUACGUUAAUGAAGCAAAUGAAACUAAAAAAUCCCGUGGGUCUGGUAGUUGUCAACUGCAACCUGUUCAGAAUCUUAAAUUUUCAAAAGGUCUGACAGUGAAGGCAGCACCACCAGCCGAAAACCAUACAGCCGUUGAAGAAUCAGACAUUGAGAUUGAGAUGAUUCCUAUUGAACUGACGAGCGAACCAACCCUGCAAGGUGACUUGAAAUUACUCAGCAGUGAAGACAAAGAAGUUGAAGAAGUUACUGGAGGAGACAAGAUCAAACUGGAAAUUGAAGUAUCAGGAUCUCUGGAAACUUUGGCUCAAUACAAGAAGAUCUUUGUCGAAUCAUGUGUUAUUACUUCGGCUAAGAACGAAUCAGACAAAGUCGAAAUCAAUUACGGAUGCAAUCCAACUGAUUCCGAGAUCCCGCAAUGGACUCAGGAGAAAUACAAGUUUACUUCCGAGUACACAGCUAAGCAGCUUAGUGAAGACAACAGUAUUACUAUUGACUGUUCAAUUACGGCUUGUAUUGAUGAACAUAGCUGUCCUAAGCCUGAAUGUCCAGAGAAAGCUCCUGCUAGAAGACGUCGUGAUGUACUUGGCCGGUUGCUUACUAAUCUCGACAUGGAUGAAUCCAAAUUUGAAACAAUUAAUGUCAACUCACCACCUUUAACCAUCUCUGGAAUGAAAGAAAAAUAA